ACUCUAUUCUAUUGCGUUAGUUGUUUUGAGAGCGUUUUGCUGGCUGGCAGGCAAGAAUUUCAGAAUUAUUCACCGCAGAAAUGGUUUUCCUAACGAUUUUUAUCGCCACUGUAGUUGUGGUGGUUGGUUAUUUAUUUUAUCGCGUUCGAGAGCACUACAACUAUUGGAAUCGCCAGAAUAUUGCCCAUGAUCCUCCCCACUGGAUGUUGGGCAACUUUAAGGGCCUUGCCGCGAAUUUGUCACUCGGCGAGUGUGUCCAGGAGGUGUAUGACAAAUACCGGAUGACGGGACCAUUUUUUGGUUUCUAUUGGUUCACCAAACCCUCGGCCGUGAUUGUGGAUCCACAGCUGGUGAAGCGCAUUUUGAUAAAAGAUUUCUCCAAGUUCAGUGCUCGGGGUAUGUUCCACAAUACCGAAGAUGAUCCAUUGUCGGGGCAGUUGUUUAACUUGGAUGGACCCAAGUGGCGGAAUAUGCGUGUCCAGUUGACACCUGCCUUUACCUCGGGUAAGAUGAAAAUUAUUUUCCCUACCAUGGUGAAAAUUAGUGAAGAAGUGGUUCAGGUGCUGCGGGAGGACGUCGGUCAGUCGCAGGCCAUUGAGAUAUGGGAUUUGAUGGCCCGUUUCACCUCCGAUGUCAUUGGUCGCUGUGCCUUUGGCAUCGAGACGAACAGUUUGAAAAAUCCUAAAUCGGAAUUCCGUACAAUGGGACGCAAGGGUAUGAUUGAGCAGCGGGGAGGGGUGUUGGGAGUGGCAUUUCGCUUGAAUUUCCCCCAAUUGGCCCAGAGGUUGCACUGCAAGGAAACCAUGCCCGAUGUGGAGAAGUAUUUCAUGGAUCUGAUUGGUGAGACAGUGAAAUAUCGCGAGGAGAACAAUAUCAGAUGCAAUGAUUUCAUGGAUAUGCUAAUCGAUUUGAAAAAUAAACCCCUGAUGAAGUCGGAUACAGGAGAGCAGCUGAUUCGGCUGAGUUUUGGGGAGAUAGCUGCCCAGGCGUAUUUAUUUUUACUGGCGGGAUAUGAGACCUCUGCAUCGUCCCUGGCCUUUAUUCUCUACGAAUUGGCAAGGCAUGAGGAGAUACAGGAGAAAGUGAGAAAUGAAAUAUCCGAGGUUUUGGGAAAACAUAAUCAGGAAUUUUCCUAUGAAUGCAUGAGGGAGUUAACGUACCUGGAACAGGUGAUAAAUGAAACUCUACGCAUCCACUCCAUUGCCCCAUUUUUGAACCGGGUGGCCUCCGAAGACUACCCAGUACCGGAUCACCCGAAAUAUGUCAUACCCAAGGGUAUGCCCGUCCUCAUACCCAUAGAAGCCAUACAACACGAUGAACGUUACUUUCCCCAGCCAAAGGUAUUCGAUCCGGAAAAUUUCUCUGCCGAAAAAGUGGCUCAACGUGACUCGAUUCUCCACCUGCCCUUUGGCGAUGGACCUCGUAAUUGUAUUGGUGUGAGAUUUGGGAAAAUGCAAAUUAUUGUUGGUCUGGUGGUGCUUUUGAAGAAUUUUAAAUUUUCGGUGUGCCAGGAGACGCCCAUACCGAUGGUCUACAGUAAACAGGGUAUUAUUUUGUGUCCCGGCAAUGGAGUGCCCUUGAAGGUGGAGAAGUUGUAGAGGGAUGAU